AUGGCCCCUCCAACCAAAGCCCAAAUUGCCGACCUCAUCACCCGGUACAUUGAAUACGCCCGCCACGACGCUACACCCGACAACAAACUCAUCAUCGACAUCGUCAAAGCCUAUCGAUCCUUCCCCAACGGCGAUUGGGAAUACGACGGUGAAACCCCUGGCAAAUCCGUCGUCUCCUGCUUCCAAGGCAUAACUUUCAUCUGUUGGAAAUUCAGCAGCAUUAACAAAUCCGCCAACGCUGUCGACGCUGCGACACUUUACAAGGACCUCACGAAGCGGAAUUAUAACGUUUGGGUGUCGAUGGAUCCUGGUAGGAAGAAGACGGACUUUGCGAGUGAUUGUAGCACGUUGACGGAUACAGAUACAUUGAACGAUUAUCGGAGUAUCACUUGGGAUGAGCAGGAUCAGAGGAGGAAAAUUUGCAAGGCAGCGAUAUCGGUCACUUCGGGUUUUUAUGGGACGGGUACUUCUCAGACGAUUCGGUCGGAGAAUUUGUGGAAUAAGAGGGUACUUGAACAACCAGAAUAG